CCUAACCUAUUCUAGGGUAUAACAGACGGACCCAACCUCGCGUUACCGUUCUAAGAAAAUUCCUAGACGAACAUUUAGACUUUUGGAUUUACAAUCUUUUUUUUAUUAAAUCAACGUCCACGGGAUUUGAAAUGAUAAUAAAAUUCUGCCGAUCGAUCGCCCGCUUACACGACACGCAGUGUCCAACUCCCGUCUCCCGAUUCGUUCCGCAUCGCUUCUAUGGGAAUUGAUCUUGUUUACCUCGAGAGAACCUCGGAUCAAUUUACUUUCUGUAAUGGGAAAACGAAAGGCCAACGAUAACGCGGGCAAUCCUAAUCAGGAUCUCUGCGAUUUUCUACAAGAGUUAGCACAGUACGAGCGGAACGUCAGUAAGAACGUGUUCAAGUACAAUGCUUAUCGAAAGGCAGCGGCCACCCUGAGCGGCUUGCCAGAGAGAGUCAAGAGCGGCGAGGAGGCGAGGAAGCUGCCGGGCAUUGGGGAGAAGAUCGCCAAGAAAAUCGAAGAAUUUCUCACCACCGGGAAGUUGCGCAAGUUGGAAGAUAUUAACAAAGACGACACGAACGUCGCGAUUAAUCUGCUGACCCGAGUGUCUGGUAUCGGUCCAGCGAAGGCGAAGGAAUUGGUAGACGCUGGGAUCAAGACUUUGGAACAAUUGAAAGAACCCCGGGCGAAGCUUAAUCAUCAUCAAAAGAUUGGUCUCAAGUACUUCGAUGAUUUCGAGAAGAGAAUCCCCCGGAAGGAGAUUCAGGAGAUCGAGAGAGUCAUGAAGAAUGCCAUUCAGGAUUUAGACGAGGAGUACAUCGUAACUAUCUGUGGAAGUUACAGACGUGAGAAAGAGGAGAGCGGAGACAUCGACGCUCUGUUAACGCAUCCGAUGUACACGUCGAACGGUUCUAAGAACAACGUUGCUUCGUUGAAAAAUAUAGUCGAUUAUUUAGAAAAGAAGAAACUGAUCGUCGACACGAUUUCUCUUGGUCGAACGAAAUUCAUGGGAGUCUGUCAACUCCCAGGGAGCAAAGAUAAACCGUUUAGAAGACUGGAUAUUAGAUUAGUGUUCCACGAUCAGUAUUAUUGUGCCGUACUUUAUUUCACUGGCAGCGAUCUUUUUAACAAGGAGAUGAGAGCUCACGCUCUGGCAAUGAAGUAUACUUUAAACGAAUACGCGUUGAAACGCCUUACGCCGGAAGGAACUCCGGGAGAGGCAGAAGAGAUCACGUGCGAGGAGGAUAUAUUCCGAAUUCUGAAACUACCGUACAAGGAACCAAAGGACCGAAAGUAGAACGAGUACAGAAGAAAAUACAUUUAUUUAUUAUUACAUUUAUUAGAACUACAGUGUAACGCUUAAAUUAAAAUUAAAUCCAGGGGAUUCUUCACAUAGUAUCAGUUAACAGAGGUCUUCAAAUAAAAUGAUUCCGUUUCUUCGUGA